GUAGAGGCAUUAACCCAUCAACCUAGAGCCACAACAGUACACGCAGUCAGAGAUUCAGAACUUGCCAAACUCCCAGAGGGAGCACUGACAUCUAUCAAACGCAAAUUCCCCCAGGUUGUGACUAGACUUAUUCACUUGCUGGGCGAGAAGAUUCUUGGCAGUCUUCAGCAGGGAGGUCAUCCUCUUGGAUUACACAGCUCGAGUAGCAAGUGGGAUGCCGGAAAUCCUGCCAGCAAUCUCUCCACAGUAGCAAUUAUGCCAGUGUCUGAAGAGGUGCCACUUACGGCUUUUACUCUGGAGCUCAAGCAUGCUCUCAGUGCUGUGGGUCCUGCUUUGCUGCUCACCAGUGAUAACAUCAAACUGCAACUUGGUUCUGCUGCGCUGGAUAGUAUCCGUGAAUACCGACUAACUAGCUGGCUGGGACAGCAGGAGGAUAUUCACCGUAUUGUACUCUACCAGGCAGACAGCACCCUUACUCCCUGGACUCAGCGCUGCAUCCGGCAGGCUGACUGCAUCUUGAUCGUCGGACUGGGAGACCAGGAACCUACUGUCGGAGAGCUGGAGAGGAUGCUGGAGAACACCGCCGUCCGAGCCCAGAAGCAGCUCAUCCUGCUCCAUAAGGAGGAUGGGCCUCUCCCUUCCCGAACUGUGGAAUGGCUCAACAUGCGGAGCUGGUGUUCUGCUCAUCUUCAUCUCCGCUGUCCACGCAGAGUCUUUUCCAAAAGAAGCCUGCCCAAGCUGAUAGAGAUGUACGAACGCGUAUGCCAGAAACCACCAGACCGUCACUCUGACUUUUCUCGCCUGGCUCGUGUUCUGACUGGAAACGCCAUUGCACUGGUCCUUGGGGGCGGAGGAGCAAGGGGAUGCUCCCAAGUGGGAGUUAUCAGAGCGCUGACGGAAGCUGGCAUCCCUGUAGAUAUGAUUGGAGGAACAUCUAUUGGUGCUUUUAUGAGUGCCUUGUACGCCGAAGAACGCAGCUACAAUCAGAUGAGGAUCAAAGCUAGGCAGUGGGCCAUGGUUAUGAACUCAGUGUUUAAGACUAUUCUAGACUUGACGUAUCCAAUAACAUCUAUGUUUUCUGGAGCAGCUUUUAACAACAGCAUCAAUAGCAUCUUUAAAGAUAAGCAGAUAGAGGAUCUGUGGAUUCCUUACUUCACGAUCACAACCGACAUCACUGCCUCAGCGAUGAGGGUCCACACGGACGGCUCUCUGUGGAGGUAUGUCCGUGCCAGCAUGUCCCUCUCUGGGUAUAUGCCUCCUCUCUGUGACCCAAAGGAUGGGCAUCUCUUGAUGGAUGGAGGUUAUAUCAACAAUCUUCCUGCUGAUGUUGCGAGGUCCAUGGGCGCAAAGGUGGUGAUUGCGAUCGAUGUGGGGAGCCAGGAUGAGACAGACCUCACCAACUACGGUGACUGCUUGUCUGGUUGGUGGCUGCUCUGGAAGAGGUGGAAUCCACUGGCCGAGAAAGUCAAGGUGCUGAAUAUGGCAGAGAUUCAGACGCGGCUUGCAUAUGUGUGCUGCGUGCGGCAGCUGGAGAUGGUGAAGAACAGUGAUUACUGCGAGUAUAUCCGGCCCCCCAUUGACCGAUACGGAACCCUGGACUUUGGGAAAUUCGACGAAAUCUGUGAAGUGGGAUACCAGCACGGGAAAACAGUAUUUAAUGUCUGGUGCAGGAGUGGAGUCCGUGACAAGAUGCUAAGAGACAGGCAAGAGACUUGCAAAUCCAAAACUGAUAAUGUGACCUGUCCCACCACCUCUUUUACGGACCUGGCAGAAAUUGUGUCCCGGAUCGAGCCCGUGAAAGCACCCGUGGCAGACGAUGAGUCAGAUUACCAGACUGAGUACGAGGAAGAAAUUCUGGACAACCAGAAGGAUGAUUAUAUCAAUUUCAUAAGCAACCAGGUUGAAGAAGACUCUGACUCGGAUGAAGACAUGCAGAUAAGAAAGCGCAGGAAUGUCCCCAAUGUGGAGGGCCAAGCAAGCAGCACGGGAGAGCCUGGCUAG